AUGUCAUCUGUGCGGUCCGCGGAGGCGGAAAAAGCAGCUAAACUGCUACGAAUCCAGAUGCCGACCUCCACAGAAGCCGUCGCAAAACUGAAGCGAAGCGCCAUUGACAAGGAGUAUUCCUCCUGGAAAGGGCUACCGUGCCAGGGCGAUGGAGUCGAGGAGUUUAAAGAUAGGCUAUCCAAUGAGUGGUUGACCAGGAACGAUCUUCUAUCUAGCGGUAGGAUGAUCGAUGCCCUACGCAUGCGUACCAAUACGUACGGGAACAGGACGACGCUCAUUCGGGCUGGACACGAUCACCUGUCCCACCUAUGCCGCGUAUGUGAGAAUAGGCCGGAAUCCCUAUCUCACAUUAUUGGAGGAUGUCCAGAGUUGAAGCCGCGAGUGAUAAAGAGACACGACGAGAUUGGUAACCUCGUCGAGUCAGAAGUAUCAAAGAAGCGGCGCAACCUGGAGUUACUCCGCGAGUCAACUUUCCGCGUGUCCAAUGGCAUGUUGAAACCGGAUCUGGUCGUAGUAGACCAGGGAAGGGCCCAAGUGGUCGACUACACAGUCCGCUACGAGGGUACAAACAGCUAA